GGAAUGAUAUUAUAGUGCGAUUAGGGAGAUAUUAUAAUUAUAGUUGAACAAAAUUUGAAGAAUAAUGGAAGGAUGAAAAAUAAUAUUUUUAUGAAGAGUAAUGAUGGUCAGAUGGUUCAAAAUUUAAAGUAUAAGUUGAAGUUUAAAAGAAACAUGAUUAAGGGUUAUUAUAAUUUUUGAA